AUGGGCGAGUGGGCCUUCCUGGGCUCGCUGCUGGACGCCGUGCAGCUGCAGUCCCCGCUCGUGGGCCGCCUCUGGCUGGUGGUCAUGCUCAUCUUCCGCAUCCUGGUGCUGGCCACGGUGGGCGGCGCCGUGUUCGACGACGAGCAGGAGGAGUUCGUGUGCAACACGCUGCAGCCCGGCUGCCGCCAGACGUGCUACGACCGCGCCUUCCCCGUCUCGCACUACCGCUUCUGGCUCUUCCACAUCCUGCUGCUCUCGGCGCCGCCCGUGCUCUUCGUCAUCUACUCCAUGCACCGAGCCGGCAAGCAGGCGGGCGGCGCGGAGGAGGCGGCGGCCGGCGCCUGCGGGGGGCCCGACGGCCCGAGCCCGCCCCGCGCCCCGCGCGCCCCCCGCGCGCCCCGCGCCCCCCGCGCCGCGCGCCGCUGCUACCUGCUCAGCGUGGCGCUGCGCCUGCUGGCCGAGCUGGCCUUCCUGGGCGGCCAGGCGCGGCUCUACGGCUUCCGCGUGGCCCCGCACUUCGCGUGCGCCGGCCCGCCCUGCCCGCACACGGUCGACUGCUUCGUGAGCCGACCCACCGAGAAGACGGUCUUCCUGCUCUUCUACUUCGCCGUCGGGCUGCUCUCGGCGCUGCUCAGCCUGGCCGAGCUGGGCCACCUGCUCUGGAAGGGCCGCCCGCGCGCCGGCCAGCGCGACAACCUCUGCAACCGCGCGCACGAGGAGGCGCAGCAGCUGCUGCCGCCCCCGGCGCCCCCGGCCCCGCACGCCCCGCUCGCCCCGCACGCCCCGCGCGCCGACCCCGACCCCUACGCGCCGCCCGCCUACGCGCACCGGGCGCCGGCCGCCCCGGGCCACGAGGGCAGCGCGCGCGGCAAGGCGUCGCUGGGCACCGACCGCCGGGACCUGGCCAUCUAG